AUGAAUAAAGAAUUAGAAAAGGUUUUAGGGGAGUUGUAGGAAUAAGAGAAGAAACCACCCAAAGAAUAUUCUAAGGAAAAGGUUAUUCAAUUAGUAAAGCAAUUAAGCAAAUUAUAUGGAGAGUGCAAGGAUUAUCCAAAAUAAUAUGAACAAGUUUUGAGAUUACUAGAAUAUUAUGGCAGUUAGUAUCCGGAUAAAGAUCCAAGACUGCUGCCUUACUAUGAAUAAAUCUUGGAACUCAUAGAGUUAUAGCCUUAAAUGCCUAAUUAAUUGAAGCAAAUUCUCUAUUAUAAAAACAAAAUAGUAGUAGUCUACUAAGAAAGAAAUAAGGAAAUGAAAGAUAAAAGAUCAGAUAAAGAAUAUAUAGAUGAGGCUAUAAUAGCUAGUACUUAUACUUAGAUAGCUAAAUUAUACAUAUAAAUUGAAAAUGACUAUCAGAAGGCUAUAGAAAGCAUCGAAACUGCUAUUUUUCACUUUUAAAAGAAAUAUGGGGAAGAACAUCAAAUUAUUGCAUAGUCUUUAUUUUAAAUUAGUAAAUAUUAUAUUGAGUUGAUGGAUUUGGAAACAGCCCAUACAUAUGCUGAUAAAAGCUAUAAAAUGAUGAAAAAAACUGCAGGAAAUGAUAAUAGAGAAACAGCUUUAUGUGUUUCAAAUCUUGCAAAAAUUUAAAGAUUGAGAGAAAAUUAUAAUGAAGCUGUUUAAGAAGAAAGAAGAGCUUUAGAAAUUUUUGAGAAAUAUCACAGGAAUAAAGCACAUUCUGAUAUUGCCGAUGCUUUAAUAAGGUUAGCAGAGCUAUAUGAGAUCACUGAGGAGUAUGAAAAGGCAUUCGAGUUAUAAGAAAAAUCACUUUCUAUGAAUAGAAAACUUCAUGGAUAAGAAAACAUUCCUGUUGCUAAUUCUCUAAUUGGUAUUGCUAAGUCUUUAUCCCACUUAUAAAAUCAUGAUGAAGCAAUGAAAUACGCAGAGGCUUCAGUGCAUAUGUUAAAAAAUGUAACUGGUGAAAAUUCACUUGAUUAUGCUUAUGGCAUGAGAGAUUUAACUGAAAUCUACUUUGCAGGCAAUUAUUUUGUUGAAGCAUCUUAGAAGUAGCAAAUCAUUAUUUAAAUAUUCAAAAACCACAAUCAAAUUUCAGAUGUUGUAUAGAUGCUUUGUAAGUAUGCUAGCACUAUUGAAAAGUUAGAAUUAUACGACUAGUAAAUUGAAGCAAUUAAGGAAGCACUUUUUUAUUUAAAGCAAAUUUCACCCGAAAAUGAUAUUAAAGUAUCAACUUUGGUUCAUAACUUAGCUCAUCUCCUCUGUCAUCAUAACAAAAUUGAGGAAGCUAUUUAAUAUGGAUUUGAAGCUCUAUAGUUAAGAAUUAACAUCUUUGGGAAAAAUACUACUAAUGUAGCAUCAACAUACGAAGUGCUUUCUAUGAUCUUCCAAAAGGCAAACGAUUUUUUGAAAUCUGAAGAAUGCUUAGAAGAAGCAAUAAAUAUUUAUUCUGUACUUUGUGAAGAGAGAGGAGCACACCCUGAGUGGGCAAGAUUGCUUGAUAAUUUAGCAGAGGUUUAAAGUGAAUUAGGAGAGUAUUUGCAAGCUAUUGAAACUUAAAAUAAGUCAUUAGAAAUGAUUGAAUCUUUAUUUUCAAACUAACACCCACUUUAUGCAUCUGGAUUAGUCAAUUUGUCUGCCUACUACUUGGAAAUGAAUAAACCUGAGAAAUCUCUGGAAUUAAUACUUUAAGGGAUUAAGCUUUUAGCUAAUGAAUAUGGAGAAGACGAUAUUAAUUUAGCAGAUCCUUAUGAGCUUUUAAGUAAAAUAUAUACAUAGCUAGGAUACAUGGGAUUAGCAACAGAUUAUCAAUAUAAAAGUAUGGAAAUAAAUAAAAGGUUUAUGGGAGAAAGGCACGAAGUAGUAUAAUAAAAUAUGUUAAACUUAGCAGAAAUAUAUCACAGACAAAGAAGAUACAAAGAAUCUAAGAUAAUUAAAGAUAAAGUUAAAAUUAUAAAUUCAAACAUGUUUUUUAUUACUCCUUAAAAAAGAAUUUGA